AUGUAUGUGAAUCAUGUGAAGGUAGAAAAAGGAAGACCUCGGAAGAGAGCUUGUACAGAGGCUCGUACAGAUUAUGCUUCUGGUCCUUUUAUUGCUUCUACUCCUGCUUCUGGCAGUUCGGUAAGAAAGAAGAGAGCGAAAAGCUUGAAGGCCCUCGAGAAAGUUAUGACUGAUGGGUUUGGGCAGUGCUUGAAGGAUAUGAAGGCUUUUGGGGAUAGGAUGGACGCUGUGGAGAAAGUGGUUGGAAUCACCAAAAAAGCGACUGCAUCAAAUGAUCUCCAACUCACUCUUCCAGACUCGCCUGAACGUAGGCCCGAUCUCAGGAGUGAGAGUGUGAUGGGGGCGAAAGCAGGAAGUGGUAAAAAUAUACAAGAUGACGUCCAAGAUCCCAAAGAGAAGGAGAGUUCUUCCAAAGAGCUUAACGAGAUUGAGAGUUCUUCCAAAGAGCUGAAUGAAAAUGAGAAUUCUUCCAAAGAGCUGAAAAAGAAUAAGAAUUCUUCCAAAAGAGCUGAGUGUUGUCUUCCAUCAGACUACGAGGAUGUCCAAGCUACUGGUAUCACUACGUCAGAGGGAGCUUAG